UUCCGAUCCUGUCCAUGGGAGGGAGACGCAGCCGUCGCCGUGGCAACUCAAUGACUUGUCUAGUGCUUGGAAGAAAAGCAGGUCGCAGGAGAGACACUGACAGGAAAACUCCUCCACUUUGGCUUCAUGGCUUCGUUCUCCAGCUUCACGCCCAGCUUUGACCCGCCUGCCCUGGACCCGUCUGCAUGCUGGAACGCAGGAUGGAAUAUAGCGACGCUCAACUGGCGGGAAGCAACGAAAAUAUAAACUUGGAGACGUCUCCAUGGAAACCCUGACCUCCGUUUGGGCCCCCGGCGACCCCUGUGACCUCGUCGAGGCGCCGUGCAAGUGGGAGGCGUGUGUGUUCAACAGGGCUCCCCCUGCUGGCGUCAUUUGGUCAGAGCAGCUCUCUCAUCACCUGCAGACGAACAAACAGCUGCAGGACACGCUGCUGCAGCGCGAAGAGCAGCUGAGUCGCCUCCAGGAGGAGAACAACAAACUCAGAGAAUUCCUCAACUCAUCCUUCGUCAGGAACGUGCGAGAGAAAAGAAAAUUGAGCAGGAAGCUGAAGAGGAACCUGGCGUCCGACCAGCGCGCCUCCUUGCAGAACGUCGCUCUUCCGGCGUCCCCUCAGGUCAGCAAACGUGUCUGCAGGAACCUCACCGCCGAGUUCUGCUCAGAGUCGCCGGCCUCGUCGGAGCCGGCUUUGGACCUGUGGGUUCUGAGGACGCUGGGCCUGAAGGACAGAGACACCAUCGACGCCUGCCAGCAGGUUUUAGAAGUCACACCGCCGCCAUCUUCUCGUCCCGCCGGGAGUGGCCCGGAAGUUCCGCUAAGUUGUGCCGACUGGACUCCACAGGACCCCGGAACCCCGGUCCACAUGUCCCCACAGUUCAGCCAGCCACCACCCUUCUGCUCCACCCCCUGGUCCCCUUUGACCCCCAGAGACACCCCGGUCAGUCCGCCUCACGUGUCCGCCCUCCCAAGUCCAGUCCACAGCCAGUCGGGAGGUGGUCCCUCACGUCCAUCGGACUUGGCCUUCAGUAUGGCCCUCAGUCCCUCCAGCAGCGUCAAGACCCACAGCUUCCCUCAGGGACAAGCCUUCGUCAGGAAAGACCCCGUGGGACGCUGGAACUUCACCUGGGUGCCCGCGCUGGCGUCCCACAAUGCACUUGGGUGACUUGAACGACAAACUAGCUAACAAACACAACUGCCGAUUUUUAGAUCAAAUAGAAGGAAUGAAAUAAUGUGCUGCUAACUUAGACUUGUCAUUAACUUCUUAUUAGUUUUGUAGUGUAGAAAAAGGCAGUUUAAAGCUGCUGUGAUGUGUGGCUAACUAGCUAAGAUGCUAACAAGGAGCAGCACACUUUAAUCAUUAAAACAUUUUUUAAAGAAGAUUGUUGGUGCCACCAAAGACUACAAAAACAACAAUAAACAUUGUUAAAGGAAGACCUUGUUGACAUUAUUAUCUUUGUGGUGUUCCUAAGGAAGUGGCUACAUGUCUGUGGAACGCUCUCCCUGACCACCUGAGGGCACCACAGACUGUGGAUGCUUUUAAAAAAGGCUUAAAAACCCUUCUUUAAAAAAAAAAAAAGCCUUUUUUUUUUAUAUAUGCAUA